AUGCCUCCCAAGAAAGUCGUCGAAGAAAAGAAGGUCCUUCUGGGUCGACCAGGUAACAGUCUGAAGAGUGGCAUCGUCGGAUUGGCUAAUGUUGGCAAAUCCACGCUCUUCCAAUCUAUCACCAAAUGUUCUUUGGGCAACCCAGCAAACUUUCCCUACGCCACAAUCGACCCUGAAGAGGCUCGAGUCAUCGUGCCAGAUGCCCGAUAUGAUUGGCUUGUCGACCAUUACAAACCCAAGUCACAAGUACCGGCGAAUUUGACCAUCUACGAUAUUGCUGGUCUCACUCGAGGCUCAUCAACGGGUGCUGGUCUAGGUAAUGCUUUCUUGUCACAUAUUAGAGCUGUCGACGCCAUUUUCCAAGUGGUACGAUGUUUUGAUGAUGCAGAAAUCAUUCACGUCGAGGGAGAUGUCAAUCCCGUUCGAGAUCUUGAAAUCAUCUCCGAUGAGUUGAGAUUAAAAGACAUCGAAUUUGUCGAGAAGGCCAAAGAAAACAUUUCCAAACUAACGAGAAGAGGAGGUCAGAGUUUGGAAAUGAAGAAAUUGAAAGAAGAAGAAGCAUGCAUCGAUAAGAUCUUGGCUCACUUGAAAGAUGGAAAAGAAGUUCGAAAGAACGAUUGGAGUCCCAAAGAGGUCGAAGUCAUCAACCCUUUAUUACUCCUCACAGCCAAACCAGUAGUCUACAUGAUCAAUCUAUCAGAAAAAGACUACCUCCGACAAAAGAACAAGUAUCUUCCCAAAGUGAUGGAAUGGAUCAAGACCAACUCACCUGGCGACCCAAUCCUCCCCAUCUCAGUCAGUUUCGAAGAACGCCUGGCAAGCAUGACAGACGCAGAAGCUGCCGAAGAAUGCAAGACUUUGAACACAAAGUCCGCACUACCCAAGGCCAUUGUCACCAUGCGUCAAGCACUCAACCUCGCCAGUUUCUUCACCACAGGUACCGAUGAAGUGAGACAAUGGACGAUACGGAAGAAUACCAAGGCCCCAGCUGCGGCAGGUGUGAUCCACACCGAUUUCGAAAAGACUUUCAUCCAAUGUAUUGUGUAUAACUACGACGUGCUGAAGGAAUACGGUGAUGAGAAAUCCGUUCAGGCAGCUGGUAAAGUCUUGACCAAGGGAAAGGAAUAUGUCGUCGAAGACGGAGACAUCCUGCUCAUCAAGGCCGGUGCCGCAAAGGCAUAG